AGGAGGGGAACGAAGUGAGCUGUUAAUGUGGAACUAGCAUCCAUCCUUUCAUGGAUGUUAGCGUCAGAAAUGUCUCGUGUGAAGAAAGAGGAAAAAAGAAGAUUCCGCUUAUUGCAAUAUUGCGCUUACAACGUGGAGUGUUUGAGACUGUAUACAUCCUUUACUUGACCAUCUCUACUAACCUCUGUUGAAGUGACGCUGCUGUUCACUAACUGGGGGGUCGUCAGCUUUGGUGUCUGUGUUGGCCAGUUCUGAAAUCUCCUUGAAGGAGCCCUACAUUGAGGAAGAUCAAAGCAGCAGUCUUUGCCAACUGGGGAAUGGACCGUUUGAGUUCCUUUAGCAGUCUUCAUUUAGAAGCAAAAGAAAAGAAAAAUAAUCACCACUUACAGGAGGGAAAGAUGAUCCCUCUGAUAAGCCACCUUGUCGAGGCUGCUCCUCCUACCUCAUGGAGCCUUAUAUCAAGUGUGCUGAAUGUGGGCCGCCUCCUUUUUUCCUGUGCUUGCAGUGUUUCACUCGAGGAUUUGAGUACAAGAAACAUCAAAGUGAUCAUACUUACGAAAUAAUGACCUCAGAUUUUCCUGUUCUUGACCCCAGCUGGACUGCUCAAGAAGAAAUGGCCCUUUUAGAAGCUGUGAUGGACUGUGGCUUUGGAAAUUGGCAGGAUGUAGCCAAUCAAAUGUGCACCAAGACCAAGGAGGAGUGUGAGAAGCACUACAUGAAGCAUUUCAUCAAUAACCCUCUAUUUGCAUCUACCCUGCUGAACCUGAAGCAAGCAGAGGAGGCAAAAACUGCUGACACAGCCAUUCCAUUUCACUCUACAGAUGACCCUCCCCGACCUACCUUUGACUCCUUGCUUUCUCGGGACAUGGCGGGAUACAUGCCAGCUCGAGCAGAUUUCAUUGAGGAGUUUGACAAUUAUGCAGAGUGGGACUUGAGAGACAUUGAUUUUGUUGAAGAUGACUCGGACAUUUUACACGCUCUGAAGAUGGCUGUAGUAGAUAUCUAUCAUUCCAGGUUAAAGGAGAGACAAAGGCGAAAAAAAAUUAUAAGAGACCAUGGAUUAAUCAACCUUAGAAAGUUUCAGUUAAUGGAACGGCGGUAUCCCAAGGAAGUCCAAGACCUUUAUGAAACAAUGAGGCGAUUUGCAAGGAUAGUGGGGCCGGUGGAACAUGACAAGUUCAUUGAAAGCCAUGCAUUGGAAUUCGAACUCCGAAAGGAAAUCAAGAGGCUCCAGGAAUACAGGACAGCAGGCAUUACCAAUUUUUGUAGUGCCAGAACCUAUGAUCACCUCAAGAAGACUCGAGAAGAGGAACGCCUCAAACGCACUAUGCUCUCGGAGGUUCUCCAGUACAUCCAGGACAGUAGCGCCUGCCAGCAGUGGCUCCGCCGGCAGGCUGACAUUGAUUCUGGCCUGAGUCCUUCCGUACCAAUGGCUUCGAAUUCAGGUAGACGAAGUGCACCGCCCUUGAACCUCACUGGCCUCCCUGGCACAGAGAAGUUGAACGAAAAAGAAAAGGAGCUCUGUCAGAUGGUGAGAUUGGUCCCAGGAGCCUAUUUGGAAUACAAAUCUGCUCUAUUGAACGAAUGUAACAAGCAAGGAGGCUUGAGACUGGCACAGGCAAGAGCGCUCAUCAAGAUAGACGUGAACAAAACCCGGAAAAUCUAUGAUUUCCUCAUCCGAGAAGGGUACAUCACUAAAGCCUGAGGCUCUCCGGGCCUGGUGGGCCAAAGGACAGUACGGGCAUUGUGGAGUUUUGUUUCUGAGCUGAAUUCUCCUUGUAAAAAGAGGGGAAGAACAAAGGAAACCUUAAGUUGUAUUAAUGUCUACUUUCUUCUCCACCCGGCUUUAAAAUACUCCUGUUGUUGGUAUUGUGCUGCAGAGUUAUGUGCUAGAUAAGCUAUUAUUAAUUGUGUGUGGGCAUUCAUUCCUAACACCUCUUGUAACUAAAACAAGAACCAUAGUACCUCACAUCACAGUGUUGGUAGAAAUAGAACUAAACCAGUCUUUAGUCCCAGGAGUCCAGCUCAGAUCCUUGUACUUGCUUGGGAGGUUGGUUUUCUGAUUAUCUGUUUUGCCUUCAAACAUUACAGACAGAUUUAAAAUAAAGAGGUUAUAGAGAGAGAAAGCUUUCUCUUUCUGUCUGAGGAUUCUUUUAAGCUGACAACUUACGUUUAUGAGCAAAGAGGAGGAAAAUCUCCCCAUGAUGGUCUUGUCCCAAACCGCAUCUUCAACUUUAAUGUCUGGCUUUGUAAGUUGAAGUCUGGCUGUCUAAUCUGCAGUAGACUUUUGAGGAGGUGGCACUGGAUAUAAAAUGUCUCUUAUUUUUAGAAUUAAUGGAUUAAAAAUGUUUUGCUACUUA